CGACGUGUCUACAAAGCCACUAGCUGAGUAUUUAAGACCAGGAAGAGGCCUGCCCAUCAAUUUCCUCAUUCUCUCGCUCGGUUUCUCGUCCGUGUCACGGUGUCUCUCCCCCCUCGCUUGCUACAGAGACUCGUGAGCAUAGUCGCGAGGUCACGCGACGACGUCACCAACUCGCAACGCCUUGGCUUCCACGAGCCUGUCAAUCGCCUAUACCUCACCGGAUAGAACCACAGCUGCUGCUGUUCGGCAUAAUAAUAGUAUAAUCAACACGAGGGCCCGCGAGAUAAAUCGAUCGGUUUCUCCGAAGAGCCAGAGAGGAAAUAAACGAAGUAGAGAGAGAGCGCGGAAACCAGACAUGCCGGGGACACGCCAGAAGUACACGGGGGCGACCGAUAUGCAGAACCGCACGCGACAGGAGCGCCACUUCGACGAGACGGAGCGGGCGCUGCCGACCUUCUCGCCGCUCGCGCCGGCCGCGCCGUCGCCCUCGGACCGGGCCCGGUACCUGCUGUCCUACCUGGGGCGUAAAAACCCGCUGCCGCGGCCGAUAACGGCCGAGGACACGGUGUGGCUGCUGGACAACACGGCGUACCGCAACGCGCGGACGGGGCGGUGGGAGGCUGAGUUCACGGCGGCGGCCUUCUCGCAGCACGCGUCGUGCGCCGUGGUCGACGCGGUGGCGGGGGUGGCCAGGCUCGUGGGCCUGGGCGAGGACGACCCGGACUACCCGACGGUGGAGGAGCGUGUGUGCCCGUUCGUGCGGGACGUCAAGCCGGGCGCGCGCGUCAAGGUGCUGCAGGCGGGGCGCACGCCGCUGAAGCUGGGCCCGGGCGGCCGCAACGGCAUCAGCACCGACGUGCGGACGCUGCCGGACGACCCGGACGGCGCGUGGGCCGGCGCGCUCGUGCCGACGUUCGCGCGCGUGCCCAAGGGCGCCGACGGCAUCCUCGAGAUGCGCACCUUCUUCGCCGGGCCCGAGGGCUGGGGCGUCAUCUCCGAUAUCGACGACACCAUCAAGGUGACGCAGACGAGCGACCCCGUCGGUAUCCUGCGCACCACCUUCCUCGAGCGGCCCGAGGCCUGCCCCGGCAUGCCUGAGCUGUACCGCGCGAUCGCGUCGGCAAUCUCGACGGGGCCGGCAGCGGGCAGCGGCGAGGGCGGGGGCGCGGCGGCGGACGACGACGACGCCGGGCGCGAGUCGCCCUCGCCGCCGCCGUGGUUCUACCUCUCGGCGUCGCCGUACAACCUGUACCCGUUCCUGCGCGAGUUCCGCGAGCAGCACUUCCCGCACGGCACCAUCAUCCUGCGCGAGGCGAGCUGGACGAGCCUGCCGGGCCUGCUGACCACGCUGACCGUCGGCACCGAGGACUACAAGGUGGCGGCGAUGAACAAGAUCCGCCGCUGGCUGCCGCGCCGCAAGAUGAUCUGCGUCGGCGACUCGACGCAGUCGGACCCGGAGGCGUACGGCGAGAUCUACCGCGCGCACCCCGGCUGGGUCCGGCUGAUCCUGAUCCGCAAGGUAGAGGACAUCGCGGCGCUGGGCAUCGCAGCCAAGAACGAGCCGGAGCGGUUCGAGAAAGCCUUCCACGACAUACCGCGGGGCGUAUGGCACGUCUUCACGGACCCGGCGGAGUGCGAGAGCAUCGUCCGGGACGCGGUCGCCGGGGUUACUGGGGUUGCCGGGGUCCCCGGGGUCGCCGUGUAGGCGCGAUGGGCCGUCGGCGCGCGGAGGAGUCAGUUGCUGCGAAGGGCGCGCUCGCCUCUGUAUAUCGGUCUCCUUUUUUCCUUUCUCCCCCUUUUCUCCCCACGAUACCCCUAUUCUAUUA